ACAUCUGAGAAAACACGUUGAUUUUAGAGGACGGUCCACACAAUGGAUAUUUGCAGAAAUCUGAUUGUGUUUCACUUCUUGGUGUACACCUUUUUCAAAGCGACAGUUUGCUCUGACGUGUCAAUUGUUGGAGGCAAAGAUGUGAAAAAAGCUCUAUCAUGGAUGGUGUCCAUUCAGAUACACCAGAACCAUAAAUGUGGGGGAAUCCUGAUUCACAAGGAGUGGGUUUUAACUGCAGCGCAUUGCAAAGAAGUUGAUGUUUCAUCAGUGACGAUUCUCAUAGGAUCUCUAUCUCUGAGCAAAGGCUCUCGGCGUGUUGGCAUCCUCAAUUACGAAAUCCCUAAAACAUUCAGUGAAAAGACUAAACAAGACGACAUCAUGCUCAUUAGGCUAAACAAAAAAGUGAAAGCGAAACCCUACAAAAUCCCUAAAAAGGAAAAAGACGUUCCACCCGGAACAAAAUGUGUUGUGAGAGGUUGGGGAACCACUGAUUAUAAGGUCCAGCGAGCUUCUGAUAAACUGCAAAUGUUGGAAGUGUUGGUGGUGGACAGAGAUCUGUGCAACCGCUACUAUAACAGAAAUCCUGUCAUCACCAAAGACAUGCUGUGUGCAGGAAAUACACAGCAGCACAGAGGAACCUGUAAGGGAGAUUCUGGUGGACCUUUGGAGUGUAAGAAAAACCUGGUUGGUGUGCUUUCAGGCUCACACGUAUGUGGGGAUCCCAAGAAACCCACAGUAUACACGUUUCUGUCCAAAAGACACAUCUCCUGGAUCAAUAGCAUACUGAAACAGCAAUUCAACAGCACACGCAUUUAGAAAACUAAACUUUUCCAGCUUAAAUAGCCUUCGCUUCCAGAAAUAAAGGUGCAAAAACUGCUACUGGAGCGUUUCUGUAUCUCAGGGCUGUAUCUAGACUUUUUGGCACCCUAGACAAGAUUAUUAUUCACCAAAUACAUAAUACAACCAUGCAUCUUUUUAAUAGUCCCACCUACGUAAUGGCUUUUUUUCUGAAAGUGUGCUGUUGUUUUUUAUAACUUUAAAUUUAUAUU